AUGAGUGGCUUGGACCACCCCGACAUCGCUGCUGCAUAUGAUGCCGUUCGCAGUGACAAAGAUGAAGCCAACUGGAUGCUCAUCUCAUAUGCGGCAGCAACCGGGAACAAACUGUCGCUGAGUAAGACCGGCACGGGGGGCAUUGCCGAACUGGCCGCUUCGCUGGACGAUGCCCAGGUUCAGUAUGGUUAUGUACGUGUUCAGUACGCCAACGACGCCGAGAGCAAACGCGUCAAGUUUGUCCUGGUUGUCUGGAUUGGCGAAAACACCAAAGUGAUGCGCAAGGCACGGGUCAGCGUCGAGAGCGGCGACGUCAAACGCAUUCUGUCCCAUCACAGCAUCGCCAUUACCGCCAGUGACCGCUCUGAGCUGGAGGAGAGGGAUGUGGUUGCGAAACUGCGCAAGGCUGGCGGUGCCGACUACAACGGAGGCCGAGGCUGA